UCUCUCUCUCUCUCUGGUAUGUUUCGGACUUUCCGCACCUCUCUCUCUCUCUCUCACACACACACACACAGCAGUGACACAUUCACGGGCUUGCAUUUGAACGUCUCACACGGACUCCUGAUCUGAAGCCGAGCAGACGCGUUCACAGACCCCGCACAGACCCCGCACAGAGACUUUUUUAUACAUUAAGGAUGGAUUCGGCUGCGUUCCUGUUGCUGCUGUGCGUGAGCGCCGGGACUCUUCUCCGAGCCCGGGGUUCAGACAGCAUGACCGCCUUGUAUGGAGAGACCAUUACCAUACCAUGCAACAGUGGAGCUCCGGCACCGGCGGACCUGAUGUUCGUCAAGUGGAAAUACGAGAAAGCCGACGGCACUCCUGGAGAUCUGUUGAUCAAACAGGCCCAGAGCGACCAGCCCACCGUCCAGGCCACCGACGAUUACGCCCAGCGGGUCAGCAUCGACGACAAGUACAACCUGCUCAUCACUAAGGCCACGCUCAGCGACCAGAAGACCUUCACCUGCAUGGUGGUGUCAGGCACCAACCUGAUGGAGUACUCCGUCACUGUCUCUGUUAGCAAGAAACCGACGUCAGUGGAGAUCAUAGACAAGGCCGACGUUCUGCAGAAGGACAAACCAGUAACGCUCGGCACGUGCGUUGCGACAGAUGCAAACCCCCGAGCCGAGAUCACGUGGACGAAGAACGGACAGCUCAUGGUCGCCGACGGGAAAGCUGUGGUGAUCAUCCCGAGCCUGAAGGUGAAUCCAGCCACAGGCCUGUCCACCACCUCCUCCACCCUCCAGUACGUCGCCACCAAAGAGGACGCUGACGCCGUCUUUGUUUGCGUGUCCACACACGAGAUGAUCACGGAGGACGCUGAACUUGAACCCUUCGCCAUUCACUAUCCAUCCGAGACGGUUAGCCUCCAAAUUAUGUCCAAGAAGCCCGUCGUGGAAGGAGACAACGUGACGCUGAAGUGCAACGCCGACGGCAACCCUCCACCCAGCUCCUACUUCUUCCACCUUAAGGGCCAGAAAAUGCUGGUGGAAAAUUCGGACACCUACACUUUGACUUCCAUCAGCAGAGAGGCUGCGGGUGAAUACAAAUGCACCCUGCCUGACAACGAGAAAAUGGAGGACACCCAAAACAUUGUUGUUAGCUAUCUGGACCUGAACUUGAGUCUCAGUGGGAAGGUUGUGAAGAAAGUGGGCGAAGCCUUGUCCGUCCAGACGGAGAAGAGCGGCUCGGGCGACGUUAAAGUGUCGUGGACGAAGAACGGAAAGACGGUGGCGGAGCCGCAGGCCGACAAGCUGAGCUUUGCGGACGCGGGAGUCUACGUGUGCGUGGCUUCCAUACCCGGCGUCACGCGGCGUAAGAGCUUUGAGCUGGUCGUAGAAGGAAAGCCCGUGAUCACCGGCCUGUCCAAACACCGCGCCGACGAUGCCAAACACAAAGUUCUGACCUGCGAGGCCGUCGGAGUACCGGAGCCCAGCUUCACAUGGAGCGUCAACAGCACGGACGAGGAGAGCUCAUACGUCAACAACAAGGCCACCCAUAAAAUCACCGUGGUCCCCAGGGUGAACCUGACUGUCACCUGCACCGUCAGCAACAAGCUGGGAGAAGAUGUCAGGACCAUCAACGUUUCCUCCGUUUUUAAGGAAGAAAGUGAGAAAAAAGAGUCUCAGGAGGAUUCAGACGACCAGGCGAAGCUCAUAGUGGGCGUCGUGGCAGGGCUCCUCAUAGCUGCUGCCGUGGUGGGACUCAUCUACUGGCUCUACAUGAAGAAUUCAAGACAAGGAAGCUGGAAGACCGGAGAGAAGGAGGUGGGGACGUCUGAGGAGAGCAAGAAACUAGAGGAGAACAAUCACGCUGUUUAAUAAGGCACUCAGGCUGUACUACAUGGGAUGAAAGAGCAGCCCUUCAACAUUAAGAAUCCAGACUCCCAGUUGGCUGCCGAGGCGCUCUAUCCGGCUCCAAAAUAAGCAGCAAACAACCCCGGGUCAUUUUUCCAACCAAGUCCUGCCCCACAGCCUACUGUCCCACCUCACUGUUAAAAGUCUGCACUGAGGCUGACUCGUGUUACUGUGUCAUUUUGUCUUUUGUGUUCCUGGUGAAUGCUCCCUGUUCUGUUCUGUUCGAGCGAUUCUGUGAGGCUGUGUGGUGGGGUCGGGUUUUUUUGUUGUUGUUUUUUGCCGCUUAUUUCCUUUAGGAUUUUUUAUUUGUUUGUUUGUUCUUGAAUUUCUUCAAAGAAUGUAAAUUCCUUGUACACUUUCUAAGACCUGUAUGAAAAAAAAAAGAAAAAUAAUCAGAAUUAUGCGUGUGCCCUGGCUGAGCAUGCCAAUGUUUUCUUUUCAUUUUUGACUUAUUUGUGCGCUGUGUGUGGAAAAAGCCUUUGGCUGUGCUCAGAGAAAAAGACACUUCACUGCUGUAUAACCCUACUGAAACUGUCCUUGAACCUUUCAGAAGAUAACCUCAACAUAUCGUAACCUCCUGAUUUAUGUUCUCUGCUUUUUUAAACACUGGCAAACUUGAUUGUCUGAAUCUGAAUUGUUAACGGACGCCCACGACAGUAGAGUUCUAGUUCUGGUCACGGUUUGAAAUAAGGAACUGGAUGUGCUGUAAAUGAUUUCUAGACAUGCAGUUUAUUGUAACUGUGACCCCCUCAAAAAAUUCAACAUUACUGUUUGUGUCGAUGCAAAUUGGUCAGCAUUACGGCACGCAACCACUAAUUACUGAUUUAUUUUAUUCCUUUCUGUUGCCAAUAAUUUGAUCUGAAAAAGGCGAGAAGGCAUCGGAAAAGUGCGACUCGUAAGAAAUGCAAAAGUGUGUUCUGACAUGAGUUCAUGUUAAAUUUCUUUUCUUUUGUUUGUUCACCUGUAAUUUAGUUUAAUACACUACAUCGUUCACGUCUUCGCCCGUCUGCUCUGCGGCUCGCGUAACAUCCAUCGGUUACGGUGUGACCGUGCGCUCGGAGUGGAUUUAAUAUUUGCUGUUUUUCAUUUUUGGAAGAGCUUUACUGAUGCCAGGUCUGAAUUAUGUUCUUUUUGUUUUUCUCGUUGUGUUUUUUGAUGUAUUUAUAUUCUGCGUGCAACCUACCAAGAUGGCAAUGCUGCAGCAUGCAAGAUAAUUCUUUUUUUUUCUAAGCUUGCGUGGAGGGCAUCAUCAAGUGUUGAAAAGGAACUUUAUGGCGAGAGAGCUACAUGACAAUGAAUGAAUAAUAUCUGUGCUCAUUCUCUGCUGUAUUAUUAUUGUUAGGAUGUUAUUUUUUAUCUCAGUGGUGCGAAGAAUAACUCUCUCUGGAUUUACAUCAUUCUGCUCUGGUUCUUCUGACAAUGCAACACUGAUGAGCCACCAAAGAGAAAAAGCAUUGAUAAGAUAGUUUGAUAGAAAUCAUAACACACUUACAGUUCAGUCAAUUUAGUUCACUUCACAACAUGGAAAAAAACACGCUGUAUUUAUGACGCAGUUCUCAAAUAACUCGACGGAAGAAGAAUCAACCUUCAACUCAAGCUAAAGUCUGUUAAUGUUUGCAGAAUAUCAGUGAAUUAUGACCAUACAUAGUCAGAUUUACGAGAAAUUUGAAGCAUCAUCUGGCAGAAAAACACCUUGUGAUAAUUAAAAGACUGCACAUUUCAUUCCUAAACCAACACUAGCAGGAAAAUAGCAGGAGCUGAGCUUUACGAGCUUCAGAUGUAGAUGGAGGUUGUUUAACUUGAAGGAGCCGUGCACCGGUUGACCUUGUGAUUGUCUCAAACUGUAGCAAAGAGCUGACAUUCCAUUCUCUCAUAUAUAUUCUUUUUGAAACAGUCUGUCGAAGUUGAAGCGAUGUAGCUUUAGACUUCCACACCCACCCAGCAUCUUCACGGUCACGAAGCUGCAUUACAUGAAAGUAGUAGGUCAACAUUUAGUUCCACUGUUCUCGCAUUGCCUUUUGUUCCUUUUCAAAUAAUCAGGUCAGCAGUGAAACCAAAGAGGGUUAGAUGAGAAGGCCAUAGUAGUGUUGUAAAUACAGACUUUUGUUUUUGUACUGUUGUUGACAAUAAAGUGUACAUUUUGAAA